AUGGAUUACUUGAGUAGAUUACUGAAAAGAUUGAAGAAUAAAUCCGAGCUCAAAUACCAUCCUAGGUGUAAGAAGCUACAAGAGGUGCAGCUAGGCUUUGCUGAUGAUUUAUUGUUGUUCUGUAGGGGGGACUUAAGCUCUGUUAAAUGCCUAUUUGCUUGCUUUCAGCAGUUCUCACAAGCCUCUGGCCUGGUUGCUAAUGUAAGCAAAAGUUCACUAUACUUUGGUGGGGUUAAUACAACAGAGCAACAACAGAUCAUUGAUCUAAUGGGAUUCUCAAAAGGUUACACUGAACAAGACAUGCAGGAAUUAGAAUCUUUCUCUAUCAAAGCAAUAUACAAGAAACUGCUAGGGGAACAUCCUAAGGUGGAGUGGAGAAGAUUAGUGUGCAACAACAAAGGAUCUCCAAGAUGGAUCUUCAACAUGAGAUUGACUGCGCAUGGUAGACUAUAUACUAAGGAUAGGCUAACCAAUUGGGGAAUGAUCGAGGACCAGACCUACCCACUAUGCGAUGAAGCACCAGAGACCACCAAUCACUUAUUCUUCCAGUGUUCAACAUCUGCAGCAAUAUGGAACAAAAUUCUCCGGUGGAAAGGUAUAGGAAGGCAAGCACAACCAUGGGAGGAGGAGCUUCAAUGGGCCAUAGUUCAUUAA